AUGGCGGACGGCGAGCUUCAGCGCCUCCUCGAGGAGCUCGGCGACGUUACGCAAUCGCAUGCCUCUACAUCACGCCGCAGGAAGCGCAGGAAACUAAACAACGGCGAAGCUUCUAAGGCAUCUGGCAAUCCUCUGGUCGACGUCAGUAAGCUUCUGGCUGGAGCGGAAACUGAAGAUGUGGACGCUUUGUGCAGCAGAGACAGUCUCAAGUACGGCGAGCUUACCGAGGACGAGCAAUGCCAAGUGUGGAAGAAUCUUGCGGAAUUGGCACCAAAAGGUCCAGUGUGCAUCUUGCAGCUCGCAGCCAAGAUCAUCAAGCUACCUUCCUUCAAGGAUACUUUGCAGCCACGUGUGCUGAGCGUUGCGGUGAUACAGGUCUGCAUUCGACAGAUCAAGGAGCCAGGUCUGCUUGAUCUUGCCGAAGGCCCAAUAGGACAGCAUAUUCUGGCAUCGUUGCACAGCUCGCUUCGAGAAUUACGCAUCGCUGCCGGUCAGUGCUUGCCAAUGUUUCUCCACUCUGACCUGUCACAGGAGCUUCUGCAGCGGAAUAGACACACCGCUGUAGAGUACUUGCGAACGUUGUCAGACCGCGAAGAGACGAGCGAGCAUGAGACCCUGAUUCCGGCCUGGGGACAGAUUGCCGUCGUGUGCGGUGAUCGUGAGCGUAACCUGGCCCUCCUCCGUUUAAGUGAGUACCUUGGACAUCCGAACUCUCUUGUCGCGGCGACAGCUUUCGAAGAGGUUGAGAGAGUCGCAGCUGCUAUGAUGCAAAGCCGAGAGGCAAUUUUCAAACCAUACUGGAGCAGUGUCGCAGUGUCGAUCGUACAAGAUUUGUUCAACCGCCCACAGAGGGUACAGCAGGUGUGUGACUUGCUUAACAUGGACUUGGACCGCUUCCUCAUGGUAACGCAGCAAGACACCGUGCCCGCUCUGGUACUGGCUGGGAAGAAAGAUAUUCUGCGCAGGAUCGCCAGGACGCGGGAGAGCGGAUCCGUGAAGGAACUCUGCAUGCACCCAAAGCAGAACUUGGCUGGUAUACUUGCUCUGUUGCUCACACAGCCAGUGGACGAUCCUGAGGAGUUUACCGUCCAAACCUUGGCUGCUGUCUCUUCGGACUUUGAGGGCUGUGACAUUGCUGAUCUUGUGAGAAUUGAUCUGGUCCUCGUGGCUUGCGAACUGCUCAAGCGCUCCGCAGAUGCAUCGGAGAGCCGCAAGUCGCGCCUCUAUCGCGCGAUACAAGUCUUCGCAUGCAUGACUGAUCGCCGUCCAGGUCAGUCAAAGAAUCAUGGAAAGGGCAACAAGGCCCUGUAUGGGUUUCUUGAGGCACAUGUGCUUGGCAUAAUGGCGCAUUUCUCGCAACUGCUCGACGGACCACAAGCGGCUGAGACCACCGCUGAGCGAUUACGCGCUUUGAAGGCCAUCAGUGACCUCAUCCACCUGGCCAAAAAGCACGUUAGCACGGCGCUUCCGCAGCUUAGAGCGUCUCUCCAGUCUGCUAUGGAACAUGCAUAUCUUCGCGACGUCGCCUUCUCGGCUUGGCUAGAUCUGUUGGCUGUAAUAGAAGUUGAUGACAUAGCUACUAUGCUAAACCAGACUUUCGCGCUCGUUGCAAAACAUUGGUCACGAUUGCCAGGGUCGAUACACGCUGCUAUCCACGACUGCAUCGGUGGUCUAAUAAACACUCACAACCAGGUUAUGCACGACAGCGUUGAGCAACUCCCUUCCCUCCGCGCAAUUCCCCUGCUAUCGAAAUUCGGAGCGGAGAUAGAGCGACUGCAAGAUCUCGGAAGCGCCGAGAGUCGCUGCCGCGCAUUUGUAUCCCGCCUCAGGGAAGAGAGCUCGGUUGUAGUACACCAGGCCCUACAGGAAUUGGUACCAUUUUUAACGGAUAACCAGGAGUUCAUACUGGACGCCGCAGCGAGCGAGCAGCCUGUACAAGUACUGUCUGAUCUCUUCCGAGCCUUGCUGGACGUCACCACCAGACAUGCCCAAGCGGAGGUCGAUGUUGCUGAAUUGUGCGGCAAAGCGUUGGGUAUCAUCGGCUGUCCGGACCCGAACCGCGUUGAAGCAAUCAAUCGCCGCAAGCAGGUCAUGCUGCUCUCGAACUUCGGCAAAGCCACUGAAGCCGUCGACUGGGUCCUGACUUUCCUCGAGCAAGUCCUCGUUAAGGCUUUCAGAUCCGUGACCAACUCGCGUGCUCAGGGUUUCCUGGCUUUCGUCAUGCAAGAGCUAUUAAAGUUCUGCGGUUUCACGAGCGAGGUUGCCGCAAGGACACGUUCAUCGCAACUUCCGGCGGCACAGCAACGAUGGUUAGCAUUACCGGAGAAUGUCCGUAUAACUCUCACACCGUUCUUGAGCUCUGCCUACAUGGUCUUCAACCAGAUCGAGAAUCCAGUCAAGCGGCUGUAUCCUAGCUUCUCGCCUGUGAACGACUAUGGCAGCUGGCUUCGCUCCUUAGUGUACGACCUCAUGUGGCGGGCCAAGGGCGACAACGCUAAGAUGAUCUUCCCGCUGAUCGCUCGUCUGGUGCGGAACAAUGACCUCGCUAUCGCGAGCUUCAUAUUACCAUACGCCGCCUUGAAUGUGGUAUUAGGCGGCACUGUAGCCGACAUUAGCGACAUUCGUGCGGAAAUACUUGCUGUCCUGAAAUGCCAACCCGUAGCCGGUACGCAGGCCGAGUACGUCAAGCAGAGCGCGGAGUCUGUCUUCAGCAUCCUCGACUACAUGGCGAAUUGGCUACAGGAGAAGAAGAAAAUCCUCGCACAGACCAGAGCAGAGGCCUACAAGACCGGUCACCCUUCGCCCACCGACUUCGACGAGGCCACAGACAUUGCGCAGAUAGAGGAGAUAGAGCGGUUUUUGGCUUCCGUUCCUGCAGAGUCUCUGGCAACUCGGGCCGUGGACUGCGGCUCGUACGCUCGUGCGUUGUUCCACUGGGAGCAAUUUAUCCGUCAGCAACGUGCGUUGAUUCCUUCCACGCGACUAUCACAGGAAGACGAAGAAGCGUAUGAGAGGCUACAUAGCAUCUACGCUUGCAUCGACGAGCCGGAUGGACUUGAAGGACUCGGGACGCAUCUUACGUUUCUGACUGAGGAUCAACAGACGAUGCAGCACGUCAAAGCCGGAAGAUGGACGGCAGCGUCGGUCUGGUACGAGACUCGUUUGGCAGAAAUGCCGGAUAACACUCGACUCCAAAUGAGCCUGCUGCAUUGCUUCCGGGAGACCGGACAGUAUGCGCCUCUACUGCGGUAUACGCAGGCGUUCACGGAAGGGUCGAAGGCACCCCAUCGCCAUGAAUUAGUGCCGCUGACCGUUGAAUCGUCAUGGAUGGUCGGAGACCUAAUGCGUCUUAGGGCAUGCCUAGAAGAUAUAUCGGACAAGGACCCGCGUCAGCUGAGCACUGGCAUUGGUCGUCUGGUGGCGGCAGCUUCUGCUGCCGACGAUGAAUCGCUGCUAGGCCACUUACGUCUGAUGCGCACCGCCAUCGUGCAGUCAAUGACAGAAUCAUCCACAAACUCAGUGCAAGCGUCCCACACAGAUCUCUUCAAGCUCCAUACGUUGUACGAGAUCGAAGCGAUUAGCAGUUGUGAUGAGCAGAUACGCAACCGGUUCCUUGAACAUGGCGACAGGCGCUUAGCUGCUCUUGGAUCCUACAAUGCCGAGAAGCAGUAUCUUCUUGGUGUUAGGCGUGCACUUAUGCGCGUGCGCGACAACACUUUCACCAGGCCGGAGACUGGAGCAUUAUGGUUGACCACAGCCCGUUUGGCACGUAAGGCGGGCAACACUCGUACUGCCUAUAACGCUGUGAUACAAGCUUCUUCAUGUGGAGAUCAGGCAGCGAAGCUGGAGGAAGCGCGGCUGUUGUGGCACGACAACCACCAACGGCAAGCCAUACAAGCACUUGAAGCGUCCAUAAACACUGGCAUAUUUGAAAGUGCCGCAGAUGAGACUCCCGAGAACAGCGUGGCCACAAGUAAUGGCCCGCCGCAAAGUCUGACCGCUGGUAAAGCGUACCUCCAGCUCGCUAAGUGGCUUGACGCUUCUGGCCAAAGCCAAGCAAAAGACAUGACUGAGCGGUACCAAUAUGCCGCGAAGACUUUUCAGAAGUGGGAGAAGGGCCACUAUUAUCUUGGCAAGCACUAUCAGAAGCUACUUGAGGUAGAAAGGGGACUAGCAAAGAGCAAGCAAUCUCCAAACUUCCAGAGCGGCGAAAUGACAAAGUCUGUAAUCGAGAAUCUCAUGCGAUCAAUACCAUUUGGCAACAAGUACUGGCACGAGACUAUACCGAAGGUCCUUACUCUCUGGUUAGACCUGGGCAUGGAGGCGCUGUCGAAACUCCCAGCCAAGGAUCAGGAGCUCUCGGACAGACGGACUAAAGCUCUGCAGGCCGUCAACAGACAAUUUCAGAAAUACUACGAGCGCAUUCCACCUUAUGUCUUCUACACAGCACUCCCACAAAUGCUCUCCCGCAUCAGUCACCCGCAUCAGGAAGUCUGGAAGCAGCUAUGCAACUGCAUGACUAGGAUCAUCAAUGCACACCCAAGCCAAGCAAUGUGGUAUGUGCUGCCUGUGGUCAAGGCGACAGACCGUACGAGGGCUGCACGGGCGGAAGAGCUACUGAAUAAGCUGAAAGACUCCAGAAAGCAGGGGAAAGGCGACGGAUUGGACAUCAAGGCUUUAAUCGUGCACAGUCAGAAGCUGUCCGAUGCACUACUACAAGCCUGCGAGCAGCCUGUCGAAAGUCGUCGGACACGCGUGAGCCUUUCGCGAGAUCUCAUGUUCAACACAAAAUUGGCGCCUAUCCCGCUUGUGGUGCCCCUGGAGGCAACGCUGUCCGCAAACUUGCCCACCGUCGGAGAUGUAAACACCAUUCGACGUCAGAAAGCCUUCGCACAAGAAAAGAUCACUAUUCAAGGCUUUUCGGACGAUGUUCUGGUCCUCAGCUCUCUUCAGAGACCGAAGAAGGUGACAGUUCGGGGCUCAGACGGAAAGAUGUAUGGCCUGCUCUGCAAACCCAAGGACGACUUGCGGAAGGAUCAGCGUCUGAUGGACUUCAACGGCAUCAUCAACCGCGCACUUAAGCGGGACCCGGAGAGCAGCAAGCGGCGACUAUAUAUAAAGACCUAUGCUGUCACGCCACUCAGCGAAGAAUCUGGUACGCUUGAGUGGGUGGAAGGCAUCAAGCCUCUACGCGACAUCCUGCUGAACCUGUACUCACGCAAAGGCGUGCGGGUGGAUUACAACAAGAUCCGAGAAAGAUUGGAUUCGGUGAAGGGCCCUGAGAAUGCCCACAUCUUUACCGAUGAUGUGCUUUCCCAGUUCCCAGCUGUCUUGCACGAGUGGUUCACCGAGACCUACCCAGACCCAGAGACAUGGUUCACGGCUCGCUUACGCUAUGCUCGGUCGGCUGCGGUGAUGUCGAUGACGGGCCACAUGCUCGGGUUGGGUGAUCGUCACGGCGAGAACAUCUUGCUUGAGGAGGGUACAGGAGGCGUGUUCCAUGUAGACUUCAACUGUUUGUUCGACAAAGGCAAGACUUUCGACAAGCCCGAGCUGGUACCUUUCCGCCUUACGCACAACAUGGUCGAUGCAAUGGGUGCUUACGGCUAUGAGGGCCCUUUUAGGAGGUCGAGCGAGCUCACGCUGGCGUUGCUGCGGCAGAACAAGGAUACCCUGAUGACGGUGCUGGAAACAUUUUUGCACGACCCGACCACCGACUUCGUGAAGAAGAAGCGAGACGCGAUGGUAGGCGUGCCGAACACGCCGCAGGAGAUUCUAGACAGUGUCGGUGCGAAGCUCAAAGGCUUGUAUACAGGCGAGAACGUACCGCUGGGCGUGGAAGGCUACGUUGAUGUGCUAAUCCAGGAGGCUACCAGUUCUGCGAAUCUGGCAGGCAUGUACAUCGGCUGGUGUGCUUUCUUAUAG